AUGGAAGAAGCAGCUCCUGAGAAGAGUGCCGGUGACCUGGCAUUUGAUGCUGAAAUAUCAGGAGACGAUCAGCAAGAGGUGAGCUACGUGAAUGGGCAAGGAUGGCAGCUCAAAAACUACCACCCAAACCCUAACGUGAGGAACAACCCACAUAUUUUCUGGCCUAAGCAAGACAAACCAGCUGAUCAUGCACAGAGUAACCAAGGUCAGUAUGUCGGGUAUCAAAAGAACUACCAACCCCGGACCUAUGUUCUAAGCCAACCGCAGAACAAUCCACCUCAGAUGCAGAAACACCAGAACACUCAGCCAGCUACCUCCGCUCCUGUCGCUGUUCCGCAAGAUGAGACAAAAGCUAUGUUGCAGCUGCUGCUCCAAGGACAACAGCUCCAAGGAAAGGCUCUAAACCAGGUUACUACUGAGAUCAAUACCAGAAUGAACCAUAUGUUCAGCGAUUUGAGCACCAAAUACGACAAUGUCGCGAGUCAUAUGAGACAGAUGGACAUUCAGAUUGCUCAGACUGCUGAGAGCGACAAGAGGAAACAAUGUACUCUACCUGGGAAAACCGACAAAAACCCUAGGGAGUGCAAUGCGGUUGAGUUGAGAAGUGGAAAGCAACUGUCUGAGCCGGUAAAGAAAAGUUUCACUGCUGCUGAGAAGGGGAAGCAGAAAGAGUCGGAACAACCACCAGCCGAUACCUCGGCAGCUGAGAAGGAGAGGGAACCAACAGUUGGAACCAAUUCGCCAGGACCAGAACAACUAGCUGAGGCUGUCUGCCCAAUCCCAGAGCCUGUUCCUGUUCGCGAAUACACUCUUAAAGUCCCUUACCCUGUUCCAGCAAAGGCUACUCGUAAGGAUCGAGAGGAGAUGAAGUGCAGAAAGAUGUUGGAGGACCUAACCGUCCGACUCUCCUUGAUGGAUGCGAUUCAGAUGAUGGCAUCCAUGCGCAGCUUUAUGAAGGGAUUGAUCUCAGGAAAAAUAUUAGAGGAGAGCGAAUUAAUGACUGUCUCUAAGGAGUGCAGCACCGUGCUUCAGAACAGGCAGAUAAAGAAGCGAGGAGACCCUGGCAAGUUCGUCCUCUCUAUCCAGAUUGGGAAGACAAUUUUCUCAUGCUCCUUGGUUGAUCUGGGAUCCAUCGUAAACCUCAUGCCCUACUCUGUAGCACGACGUCUGGGAUACAUGCAUUUCAAACUAACUAAGAUGUCCUUGGUGUUCGCGGAUAGAUCAGUUAAGUCCCCGGUUAGUAUUAUAGAGGAUCUCCAAGUAAAAGUCGGGAACACCUCUGUUCAAGAAGACUUCAUAGUUCUAGAGCUGGAAGAGGAAUCCAAAGAUCCUCUCAUCUUAUGA